UUGGCUGGUGCUGCGCGUGUUGACGUGCCUUGUCUGUCUCAGGAGGUUGUUUGGGAAGUUCACCUGACUGUCCCUGUGAUGGAGACCAGACAACAAGAGUUGUACUCUGGUGUUCUGAGUGAAGCAGUGGUGGACUGGGGCAGCAUGGGUCCUGGAGAGGAAUGGGUUAACUCAGCCACACACGAGGCAGAGCAGGGUUUGAAUCAGGGUACAUUUAACCCAUCUGGUGAGGAAUCGGUUAAAAGGAGCCCAUACGGUGACGACUUGGGUCCCGUUGCCCAAAAUGGGGAAAAUCUGACAGAAUGGGGUAAAACUUCAGCAACACCCAGGGACGACCAGUGGGGUCAGACAUCAGUGUCUGACAACUGGGUCAUGUCCACCACUUGGGAUAUGCAUCUGGACAGCACAGGUUUUCUGGACUCUGAGCCAUUGAGAGAAGCUGAUGAAGAUUUGGUGUCAGAAGUCAACUUUAACACCUCCAUCAUGACAGAAGAGGAGAGAGAGGAGAUUCAGCGAGAAUUAGCUAAACUGGAAGAGGAAAUCAGUACGCUAAAGCAGGUUUUGUCAUCCAAGGAGAAGCAGCACGCAGACCUGAGACAGAAACUGGGCAUCAGUCCUCUGAGCGAGCUCAAAAACAACUUCAGCAGAGGCUGGCACGACAUGCAGACCACCACCGCCUAUAAGAAGACAUCGGAGACACUGUCCACAGCAGGACAGAGAACCACAGCAGCCUUCAGUACACUGGGCAGCGCCAUCACCAGGAAAUUCGGCGACAUGAGCUACUCUCUCAGACACUCUAUGAGCAUGCCCGCCAUGAGAAACUCUCCCGGCUUCAAGUCUUUUGAGGAGAAAGUUGAGACUACAGUGUCCACUAUUAAGACAAAAGUUGGUGGUUCAGACACUGGAGGCAGCUUUGAGGAAGUCCUCUCCUCUGCAGCCAAUGCCAGCUCCCAGGACACGCCCACUAACAACCUGAUGGACAGCUCCGAAAGGCCGUGCUAGAGCUACAGCCACACCAUGAGCCACGUAGGACCAGGAACUCUUAUCACUGCUGUUAUGCAGCACAUAUCUUCUCAACGCUCUGACUGAAAUGUUACUGAAUACUUUCACGUGUUAAGAUGCUUUUGCACUCAAUCCCCAUGUUUGUGAUUAAGUCUCCCGACACUUGGAUGGAAUUUCCUGCAACCCUAAAUACUUAGAUUUGAUAGAAGAUAACGAAUGUCACCUGCCCUCCAGUGGCCUCCCAACCAUGUUAAACCACAGAUGUUGAUCAGACGGUGUUUGAGGGGUAAAAGCAACCAAGCCUUUAGUUAAAUAAUGAAUGAAAGGACGAUGAGCAGAUUCAAAGUCAGCUCCAGGAGGCAGAUAAAAUUAGAACCCUAUAUUUCUUCUGUUGCAUGAGUGUCAAAUGGUUUGGCUCAUCUAAUGUUCCUGUCAUCACGAGAACUCAGAGGUUAUGAAUUCCUUCUUUUGCUAUGUAAAUCCAGAUAAGUGGAAACAGCCAUGUUGGACUUGGUACAGUAUCUGUAAACUCUUCAUCACUACAACUUUCAUACCAAAAAAUACAAAACUACAUUACUAGGUUAUUAUUAGAAAUGUGUGUUUUCAUGUUACAGUUUCAACUACCUAGUACUUUUUACUAAAUCAUUUACAAAAUGUGUAUAUACCCCAAGUUGUAUAAAUGAUUUUACACUAAGACAGAACAUCUUGCUGUUAACAUUGUUAUGGCACCUACCAAAAAAAGAAAAAGAUCUGUUGUGGGCUAGCUUUUUGCAAUUUGGAUAUUGCACUUGGCCGUAUUGCAGUCUUGAUAAUAUUUCGAUUAAUUGAGCAGCCCUAAAAUGCAGUCAGUCAUACUACUUUUUGAAAAUCCCAGCUAACUGUUAACACAUUUUCAGCUGCUGACAGUUUGGGUUGGGGUCUAUUUGAAUGCUGGAUCAUACUCGUACUGGCACGCAUAUUUAUAAUGAGAGUAUAUUUUGUUCUUUCUCUUUACUCCUUAGAAACAGGAAGUCACGAAGAAUCUGAUUAAUCACACUGUGACAAUUAAACAGUACCACAGCUGAACUGUUAAAUACGGAAGCCCUGAGAAGUGUGGGAGAAAAAAACAUUCUGGUGAUCCAUUUUCUAAGAUCUGAUAUAAAUAACUUUUCUCUCCUGUGUUUCUGACUUGAUAACAGGUACAAAAUACCUGGACAGGCUUAUUGUUGUAAUACUCAUUUCGGUCACAAGAGGCUGAAGUGUGCCACUCUAAACACAACGCACUUACCACAAUAGACUGUGUUUUAGAGUGCAUGGAGAAAUUAAAACUUACCUGGAAGAAAACAUGAACACUUUUAGUAGUGAUAUAGUCAAGACCAAGACCAGAGUUUAUCGAGGCUGAGACAAGACCAAGACUUUUAGGGGUGGAGACCAAGUCGAGACCAAGACCAUCAAUAAGUGUUCUCAAGACCGUUCUUGGUACUACAACACUAACUUUUAGUCGUAUUUAGAACAAUAGGUAGUGGUGCACGUCAGCAUCUUAUAGCAGAAAUGAGUAUCACAACAACAACAAACACUUGAUGCAAAAAAUUUAUCUUAAAAACAAUUUUAUGUUUUCAACUGCCAAAACCAUUUCACCUGAUGUACAAGAUGGUAAUAAAAAUGUAAGGAACUUACAUUUCCUUUUUUUCCCCAUGUGUUCUUGAAAUAGGAGAGAAAACAAUUUAGAUCAGACUUCAGAAAAUAAUUUCUCCUCACUUGGCUCUCACGGCUUCUGUAGUUAUAAAUCUAAACAUUUGCUAUGUUGCUAAUGCUAUGUGACUGAUCCAAGAUAUAAUAUGACAACAUCACAGUUACACAAGAAUUCCACAAAAGAUGAAAAAUCCGAUUGUUUUCUUUUUAACUUUUCAUGUAUGGUCUCUGUGGCCGUGAAUAACUUUGCCAUCAAAGUAACGUUGUGUUUCCAAUAUAUCAUCUGUUUUGUGUUUCAUUUUUCUCAUAUCGUCUUUCAUGUAUUUUUUAUUUUCUUUGCCGUGGUUUGAGAAAGAUGCCUUCAGAUCAUUUCGGUCUGUCCAUGAAAUGUAUUUAUUAAAAUUCACAUCAACAAUCCA